AUGCCAACAAUUCAUCAAGGGCAAACGCACGCAAACGUUCUGUUGUUCGUUUCCCUUCGAUUGGAAAAUUCGAGCCGAGUGUUUCGAGAGUUUCGAUUUCGGUGAAAGUGACAAACCAAACGGAACACGCAAUAUCGUACGAUAUUAAUCUCUUUUCUUCGUAACGUCUUUCGCAGGAGGAGGACGAGGACGAGAAAGCAAGGCUCAGUGGUUGCAGACAAGAUCUCGAAGAAGAAGGCGAGUCACAAGAGGCAGUUACAAUUACGACGGAGGACGGCUUGUACGAGGAUCGUUUCCGGGAAGGGGCGAAAGAUUGUCGCCUAGCCGGAAUGAGGGGUGAAUCGGCUCGGCCGGGAAAGCGGCCACUCAGAGCGUUGUCCGCUUCGGAGAAGAUGGACGCGAUACAGAGGGUGCACGAGGGUGAGAGCAAGGCUUCGGUGGCCCGCGACAUCGGCGUGCCGGAGUCGACGUUGCGCGGCUGGUGCAAAUCCGAGCACAAGAUCAGAGGGAUGGCGAGGAACUCGUCGACGCCAGACAGCGAGGCACACUCGCCGGCCUCGUCUUCCGGCGCGAACGUCGCUGCCAGCAACCUGGCCACCGGCGGCGGUGGCUCGGCCAACCUCUCCAGCGAGGACGAGAGCCCCUGCGUGAAGAAGCCGAAGAUGGAUCAUCACCAUCAGCAGCAGCAACAACAACAGCAGCAGCAGUCGGCCGUCACGUCAGCCGGCACGUCGUUCGUCGGCGACGUGUGCGCCGACCCGGACGCCACCGGCAACAACAAGCUGGAGAACAACAAGCCAAAGGCGAUCGACUACGUAGGCCUGAUGACGAGCAUGGCUGGCAUGAGACCGGAGAACAGUUCGUUGCUUCUGCAACAGUUGGGUCUGCUGUCGGGCACGUCUGCCGGCACCCUGGCCAAGAAUCUGUUGAGCAUAUCGCCGUCGUUGUCGCACGGCAGCGCUGUCGGCCUGGUGGAGAACGGGCUACAGUACACGAAGAGCAACGUGGUGGCCGCGUGUGUCGCGAACGCGAACAAUUUGACCGGUGUUGUUGGCGGCAACAACAAGAGGCACACCAUCUCGGCAAUCGCGCCGACACAGAUCGACUCGGUGGUGGCCAAGUCGUGCAGCACGCGCAAGAGCCUGCCACCAGCUGCCGAGGCACCCUCCACGCCGGUGCCCGCCUCGCCGAGAAAGACCAACGAGAACAACAGCGGUAUCCAGAGAUCCAGCUCGGCGAGCAGCAAGCCGAAGAAAGACGUUGCCAACGUGACCACCAGCAGUGGACGGCUCAUGGUUCUGGCAGUGGUACAAACAGUGCAGCUUCCCGCUGCUCACGCAGACACCGCCAGCCCCCACCCCGGUGGCCAAGAAGUCGCCGAGCAAGGCUCGGGCCAUGCUUGA